AUGGCGUGUAAGUGGACAAGCUAUCUUUGUCCUAAAGCUGAGAAGAUUGUUAGGGAAAAUAUGGAAAAAGGGCACACUUUAGAGAUUAGGCAAUCUAGAGAUGAUAUUUUCGAAGUGCAAUCACAUAGAACCACUCGCGUUGAUUUGGAGAAUAGAACAUGCACUUGCCGAGCUUGGGACGUAACCCGUAUUCCUUGUGUCCAUGCUUGUGCAGCCAUUAUUUAUAUGAAAAGAGAUGUAUAUCAAUAUUGUGAUUGGUUCAUGUCCGUAGAAGCGUUUAAGAAGAGCUACGACGAAAUAUUAUAUCCCAUACCAGACUAUGAGAAGCGGAGUGUGCCCACAGAUGAGAUCCAGAUUUUGCCACCAAUUACCACUAAGAGGAGGGGAAGAAAUAGAACAAGACGCAUAAACAACAGACCAUAUACAAACGGCCCGUCAAAUGUUCUCGGUGCAAAGUUGAAGGUCACAAUAGAGCAACCUGCAAUGAGCCCAUCCGUGACUAGUGUGUUUCAGCUUCAAACAACAAUACUUUUGUAUGAGACAUAUAGAUGGUUUUAA